UCCCUACAUAUUUAAUAAUAAAUUUCGUUGCAGAUUAUCAUCGCGCGCUGGAUUUGCAAAGAAUUCCUAAUGUUGCUUAGUCAAGCGAGAACAGGCCACCGCAUUCUGUCUGCAGUCUGUCGUUCUUUGUCCACGUCUUCUUCAAGAAACAUGCCAAUCAAGGUUGGAGAGAAGAUUCCCAGCGUGGAGCUGAUGGAGGGUACCCCUGGGAACAAGGUCAACAUGGCGGAUCUGCUGGCCAACAAGAAGGCUGUUGUGUUCGCUGUACCUGGAGCGUUCACUCCUGGAUGCUCUAAGACCCAUCUUCCAGGCUAUGUGGAAGACUUUGACACAAUCAAGGCCAAAGGCGUGGACCUGGUGGUGUGCGUGUCCGUCAACGAUCCGUUUGUCAUGUCGGCUUGGGGAGAGGCCCAUGGAACUGAGGGAAAGAUCCGUAUGUUGGCGGAUACCCUGGGUGAAUUUACAAAGGCUGUAGACAUGGAACUUGAUGCAAAAGCAUUUCUUGGGAACAUACGCUCAAAACGCUAUGCCCUGGUCGUUGAGAAUGGCGUUGUCAGUCAAGUGCAGCUUGAACCGGAUGGAACCGGUUUGACCUGUUCACUCUCCAAUAGCCUGCUGUCCUCCCUGUAGGCUCUAACCCUGUCUAGGAAGAGUUUGCUGCUGAUGCCAAUUUCAUGAGGCUAUCUCUGACUGGUAGUGAUGAAGACUCAUUGCUAUCAUCUUGGUGUGCUUCAUGUUUUAGUUUAGAGUGUGACUAUUACGCUCGUCGUCGUGCUGUGGGUUUUACUUAUGUUGCCUUUCCACUUUGCAGAGAAUACUGAAAACUGUUUCAUAAAUAUUUUACCUAUGAACAGUUUCCUAGUCCUUGAGAGUGUCCUUGAGAACAUUCAAUAUGAAUUGUAGUAUGUGUGAUUAGCAGACCAUUACGGCAAGCAAAUAUGAUGAUUUCAACUCCCUGAGCGUUAGGUCGACAUGCACAAAAGUUACAGUAUUCUGGAGGCUAAGCCAUUAAAUUUCAUAAAAGUUUCCAGGACAAUGCACCACAUUGCAUUCUGGUUGGCAUUAUGUGGUAAUAAGAUGGAAGCCUUCACUCACUGAAAUGCACAAUUAGCGCUUAUGUUGGUUUUAUUUGAAAAAUGAUAACUUAAACAUCAUAGAAGCAUUCAAAUUAGUAGCCCAGAACAGAUUUUGAGCUGUAGAACUGUGGUGGGAAAUGAUCUAGAAAAGUUUUUUGAAACAAUUAAAACUUUAUUAAGUAACCAAAAAAUAAAGCAGAAAAACCCUCAAUGGUGCCUAAUGCAUACCGCUGAAUUUGUGUAAUACAAAAAGAAAAUUUCACUGUUAUUUGUGUGGUGAAGGUUGUUUGAAAUUGGCUCCAAGGUAAAGAAAUGGGAGCAUGCCGAAGCUAGAUUAAAGACUAAAGAUAUGUACUCAGACAUAAUGAUUAAAAAUCCAGUUGUGAUUACACUUAAUGUAAAGGCUAGUUCAUAUUGCAGGAGAAUGUGAAAAUGCAGUGAAUGGACGUCGUGAAAGAUUGGCCAAAAUUUUCCUCGAGUCGAAACAUGUUCAAGUUUUGCGCAUUUGCAUGCAGCGCGAAUAUUUGAUUUGAUGUCACAAGUUUAUAUUUGUGUUCGCUUGCGCGUGAAGUAUGAACUGGUCCGCAGUCAUAUUUUUCUUAAAGACUAGCUGAGUUGGAAGACUAGUCUGUAGGUUUUUAAGGUUUGUUUGAACCUUCUGGUAUUGUUUUGGGUGGUUUCAUUUGUUUUAUUAUGUACUUCUGUUUAGAGUGACUGUUGCCAGAAUAUAUGUUGAUAUAUCUACACGGAAAUAUUCAGUCAAAAAAGAAGUAACACUGCAUAUGAUUGGAUGUUUGGAAAUUAAAUAUUUUUGUACCUUGUGUGUUGAUUGGGGAGGGGGGGAUUGCGGCUGCACUUUGGGGAGAAUACUGAGCUCACUAAAAUUGUGAGCUUUCCUUUUUUCAUAGGCAAUUCUAAAAUUACAUAAUGACCAUUUUACUCAUGCUACACAUUUUAAAUGAAUCUUUUGCUUUGUUCAGUUUUUGUUUAUAGGAACAUUUGUAUAAUUUGCUUCUCUUAUUAUCUAAAUCUAAAUUAUUUUAAUUGUGGAGAAAUUCACAGGUUUUCAGUUUAUCUUGUAAAAAAAAAUUGAAAUUUUCCAAAUGUUGAAACUGGGCUGUAAGGCUGUAAUUAAUCUGCGGCCUUGCAGGGUGCACUUCAGUCUGUUCAAUGUACAUGUAAAACAUGAAUAUUGAUAGAUUUGACACUUUGAGCAUGGUUUCUGUGCAUACACUAAACCACUGGAAAUGUUCAAAUUUGUGCGUUUAAAAACUUAGAAAAGUUUUUAGAACAAUAACAUGAGUGCCUGCACGUGCCGUCAUGCAAGGUAUUAGAGAUAUACAGUAUAUCAAGCAGACUAAGUAAAUAUUUUCUCCUUUCUUACUUUGGUAGCUUUCAAUGUGAAUCCUUCAGCCUAUGUUUUCCAACAAGAACCUUGUAGUGCCGAAUUCAAGAUCUUGUAGUUUACCAGACUGUAUUCAACUAAACUAUUCAGAUGCAUAUUUGAACCUCCACUUGGUUUAAUUAUUAUGAAGGGUGAGUUACUAAACAGUCAUUGAGGACAGGAUCAAGGUCAUGUUUAAUUUACUCUUAACCUGCUCCGAAUUUUACAAUCUAUUAAAACUUGACCUCCAGUACUCUAUGAAA